GAGUUCCUGCAGCUGGAGAGCCGGAGCCUGUUCCACCCUGCCUGGAGGAAGAGGAGGCUGGAUGUUUCAUGUAAUCCGAAGGCAGAAAAUGAAGGGGAAAGGCAGAAGCGCUGUCGGAAAGCAGCAGGACUCUUGUGACGUCUGGCUGGAUCCUUCAGCACUCAAAAGACGCAAAGUGAUGAAUGUUGCCACUAAGUCAGCCUUAACUCUCCUGGGCCAGGACUCCCGUCCUGCUGCAAUAAUUGGACCGCCUCAUCCAUGCACUAAACAAACCACCAUUUCUACUUUCUUCACUGCUCAGAAAGCAGGGGAAAAACCCACAGAUCCAAACCAGCAGUUCAUGACCUCCGCAUCAAACAACGUUGUCAAUCUAAAAGACUCUGAAUUGCUUAGAGGGAAGAGGACCAGGGCCUGGGCUUCUGUCCUUCAACCAUCAAGCCUGCCAGACUGCCAAAGACAACCUGCCAAGGCAACGAAGGUCUUGGGUCCUUUCCUUUGCAAUACUCUCCCCGCUCGGGCCCAGAGCCACACCGGCACCCCCCCUGUUGCUCAGGAGGAAGACCCCGUAACAGAAGGGGGGGAGGCUUUUCUAACUACAGAUCUCAUUCGGCAUCUGGAAGAAAAGGGGGGGCUUCAGCAGCAGGUGGCUCCGGUGUCCCCUCUGAAAGAGAAAAACGAUGGCUGGCGAAGAGAAGAGAGCCCCGCUUUGUUUUCUCAGAGAAGCCCGAGUUUUAAAAUAAUUCCGAACCAAAGAGCGGAUGCAGGGAAACGGCGCGGACUCCCUUCCUCUUGGGUGGGCGCAACUUUUGUGGACGACUCGGACUCUGAAAAUAUGGAUCCUGAACUGGAAGAAAACCUAUCAGAAGCAGCACAUUUGGAUUUCAACCGAACUGGAUUCUGUUAUGAAUCUAGCUAUGAGAACAGCUCCCUAGCUCCAACUCAGCGGCUCUUCACACAGGACUCCGAGGGCUGCAGAGUAAUUUUGCACUGCUUUGGAGGAGAAGGAAGCAAGCCGUCCUUGCCAAAGGAGCUCUGGUGGAGCAAAAGGACCCCCGUAAGAAGCGCCUUCAAUAAUAAGAGCUGCUUUAGGGAUGGUUGGGCUGGAGACAGAAGCCCCCCUGGGUCUCUGGGCAGGCGCCUUUCUCCUCUGACAGAACGUAGUGAAAAGUCAUGUUACGACUUGCUAUUCACAGAGGAUUCGGAAGGCAAUAAAGUCAUUAAACACUAAAAUCAUAAUUGCUCUGUGAGAUAACCGGGCUCGGGUGCCUCCUUACAAAACAAACUUGGCUUAAAGGGGCCCUUUGUAUUUUGCCUGUGGCUGUGUGUCGCAUACCUAACCUGUUUUGUUCAACAUGCUUUCUUCGGCGUGUGAGCUAAUAAAAGAAACCGAGGAAUGCAA